CUGCGCUCCCGCUCCGGAGCCCGCAGCCUUCCCCAGCCCAUGCCGGGGACUCGGACCCCGCACCCUGAGAGUCUUUGUUAAUGGAUGUGGUGGCCCGAGGCACCACGACCCGGAGGAGCAGGUUGAAAAGAUCCGAUGGCAGCACCACUUCGACCAGCUUCAUCCUCAGACAGAAAAUUGGAGUGACUUUUCCACUUAUGGAUUUGUCAAGGACGUGAGUUUACUCCUCCAACCUGACCCAACAGUGAAGAAUAAUGUGAUGUGUUACCCAAGAUGGUGUGAACAAAGCUUCAAGCCAAUGGAGAAGACUAGGCCUAAAUAGCUGACCCGGUGAAGUGAAAAAUAAAGCCACACCUGGAGAGCCACAUCCUCAGCAGUCUUUCUCAAUGCCAAUGCAUUUAUGGCUGGUUCAGCGGAUUCCUACACGAGCAGGCCGUCUGACUCCGAUGUCUCUCUGGAAGAGGAUCGGGAAGCAAUUCGGCAAGAGAGAGAGCAGCAGGCGGCCAUCCAGCUUGAGAGAGCAAAGUCCAAACCUGUAGCAUUCGCUGUGAAGACGAAUGUGAGCUACUGUGGUGCCUUGGAUGAAGAUGUGCCUGUCCCAAGCACGGCCAUCUCCUUUGACGCCAAGGACUUUCUACACAUUAAAGAGAAAUAUAACAAUGAUUGGUGGAUAGGAAGGCUGGUGAAAGAAGGCUGUGAGAUUGGCUUCAUCCCAAGUCCGCUUAGAUUGGAGAACAUACGGAUUCAGCAAGAACAAAAAAGAGGACGUUUUCACGGAGGGAAAUCCAGUGGAAAUUCUUCUUCAAGUCUUGGAGAAAUGGUAUCAGGGACAUUUCGAGCAACCCCCACAUCAACAGCAAAACAGAAGCAAAAAGUGACGGAGCACAUCCCUCCCUACGAUGUUGUGCCAUCCAUGCGUCCGGUGGUGUUAGUGGGGCCGUCACUGAAGGGUUAUGAGGUCACAGACAUGAUGCAGAAAGCCCUCUUUGAUUUCCUGAAGCACAGGUUUGAUGGGAGGAUAUCAAUAACAAGAGUGACAGCUGACAUUUCUCUUGCUAAGAGGUCUGUCCUAAAUAAUCCCAGCAAGAGAGCAAUAAUUGAACGCUCAAACACUCGGUCCAGCUUAGCGGAAGUACAAAGUGAAAUUGAAAGAAUCUUUGAGUUGGCAAGAUCUUUGCAACUGGUUGUUCUUGAUGCAGACACCAUCAAUCACCCAGCACAACUUAUAAAGACCUCCUUAGCACCAAUUAUUGUUCAUGUAAAAGUCUCAUCUCCAAAGGUUUUACAGCGGUUGAUUAAAUCUAGAGGAAAGUCCCAAAGUAAACACUUAAAUGUUCAACUGGUGGCAGCUGAUAAACUUGCACAAUGUCCCCCUGAAAUGUUUGAUGUUAUACUGGAUGAAAACCAGCUGGAGGAUGCGUGUGAACAUCUGGGAGAAUACCUUGAGGCCUACUGGCGUGCCACUCACACGACCAGUAGCACCCCCAUGACCCCACUGCUUGGAAGGAAUUUGGGCUCAACAGCACUCUCACCAUAUCCCACAGCAAUUUCUGGGUUACAGAGUCAGCGUAUGAGGUACAGCAACCACUCCACAGAGAACUCUCCAAUUGAAAGGCGAAGUCUAAUGACCUCUGAUGAAAAUUAUCACAAUGAAAGGGCUCGGAAGAGUAGGAACCGCUUGUCUUCCAGUUCCCAGCAUAGCCGAGAUCAUUACCCUCUCGUGGAAGAAGAUUACCCUGACUCAUACCAGGACACUUACAAACCUCAUAGGAACCGAGGAUCGCCUGGGGGAUAUAGCCAUGACUCUCGACAUAGGCUUUGAGUCUGCAGAAACAAACAAAAUAUUCAUCUGUUGACAAUUUUCCAUUGCACUGCUAGGAUACAACCAAUCAUCUUAACUCGGCAACUACAGCACAGUAUUUGCCUGUGCUUAUGGGCUGCUGUCAUUGAUGCUAAGAAGGGGCAAAAAGGAAAAAAAAAAAAAAAAAGUGUACAUUAUGCCCUUAAGUCUAGAUGGAUAUUAGAUGCCCAAUCAUAGAGAUAUUUUUAAGUGCAACAUUUACAUAACAGUACCUUUUGUUUUCUUCAUUAGGUUUAGACACAUCAAUUUGUAAUUUAAGGUACUUAUCAAGGCACAUAUAAAAUAAUUUCCCGUGCUGGAAAUUCCAAAUGACCAGUUCCAGUUGGAACCAAUUUAUAAACCAAUUCCUGUUGGAAUUUGGGUGAAUCGACUAGAAAGUCUACUUGAGCAUGUUGUAAUCAAUUUAAAAAUCUGAAAAAAAAAAAGAAACUAAUUAAUAAAAUCAAAAUACCAAUAGAAGCCAAAACCA